AAGAUAAUUCAAAUCCGUUAGUAUGGUGGCAAGUACAAACCGAAUAUUCUACUCUAAGCUUAAUCGCAAGAGAUUACUUGGCUAUUCAAGCCACCAGUAUAGCUUUGAAACAAGCAUUCUCUAUAGCAGAUCUCACUAUUUUAGCAAUAAGAAAUAGAUUAGAAGAUGACUCUGUGAGGGCAAUUCUAUAUUUGAAAAGCUGGCUUCAAAAAGGAAUUUGUGAAUUAGAUAAUUAA